CGCCGCGCCCGCGCCCCCGCGCCGGCUCCGCUCCGGCGGCAGCGCCCGCCCCCGCCCCGGCCCGGCCCCGCUCGGCGCGGCGCGGCUCGGCUCGGCUCGGCUUGACGCGGCCCCGCUCCGUUCAGCUCGGCUCGGCUCGGCUCAGCUCUACUCGGCUCGCCCAGCUCGCCCCGGCGCGGAGGCUCCGCCGCGCCCGCCGCAGGAUGCCGGGGCCCCGCGGGCUCUGCCUGCUCGCCCUGCUGCUGCUCGGCACCCCCGCGGCCCCGCGCCCAGACAGUGGAUCAGGGGCGGCGCUGGUCCCUGCCAGCCCAGACCCUCUUGCUGCAGAUGAGCUGGUGGACAAGACGGUCGGUGGAGCUGCAGAGUUCAAGCAUGGCACAGGUUUGGCUGGUGGAGCUGAGGAUUUUGGGCAUGCCAUGGGUUCAGAUGGAGGAGCUGAGGCGCUGGGACAUGCCACUGCCCUCAACCUGCUGCCAGCCACGGAGGAGGGUGCCAAGCCAGCAGCAGAGGAGACAACGUUGCUCAUGCAGAGCCAUGUCCUGCCAACAGCCACCACGGCCCCCAGCACUGAUGCAAAAAAACCUGUCCCUGUUAAGAAAAAGCCACCAACUCUAAAACAAGUAAAUACAGGAAGAAAGCACCCAAGGCUCAAGCCCACUCUGGCAGGGCCCCCUGGGACUGCCUCCCCAUCCAGUACUCUGCGCUCCCGGCUCCCUGCCACUGCCCAAGAUCCACGAGUGCCAGCAGAGGACACAGAGCAGAGCCCCCCCGAGCUGCCCUGGGGGGACCAGGCCACCACCAGCCAUCCCACGCUGCAAAUCUCCCCAUCCACCCUGCCACCAGCUCUGCCUCGGCCCUUCCCAGACAGCACAGGUGAUGCUGGGGAGGUUCCAACCAUGGCUCCCAACAGUGACAGCAUUAUCCCAAUAAACAACGCGGAGAGAGACCUGCACAGCUCUGCAUCAGAGGAGAGCCAAGAAACCACCACAUCUACCAUCAUCACCACCACUGUCACCACCACGGAGCCCACCCCAGUCCUGUGCAGCAUGAGCUUCCACGACCCCGAGGGCUACAUCGACUCCACAGACUACCCCCCACUGCCCCUGCACGGGUACCUGCAGUGCACCUACAAUGUCACCGUCUACACGGGCUAUGGCGUCGAGCUCCAGGUGAAGAGCGUGAACCUGUCGGACGGGGAGGUGCUUUCCAUCCGUGGCGUGGACGGCGAUGCCCUGGUGGUCCUGGCCAACCAGACCCUGCUGGUGGAGGGCCAGGUGAUCCGCAGCCCCACCAACACCAUCUCCGUCUACUUCCGCACCUUCCAGGACGAGGUGGUGGGGACCUUCCAGCUCCACUAUCAGGUGUUUAUGCUGAGCUGCAACUUCCCACGGAGACCUGAGUUUGGAGAUGUCACUGUGAUGGAUUUGCACUCGGGUGGAAUUGCUCACUUCCACUGUCACCUGGGCUACGAGCUGCAGGGUCCCCGGGUGCUGACGUGCAUCAAUGCAUCCCGGCCUCACUGGAGCAGCCCCGAGCCCAUCUGCUCAGCUCCCUGCGGCGGGACGGUCCACAAUGCCACCAUCGGCCGUGUCCUGUCACCCAGCUACACUGGGAACCAGUCCAGCAGCAUGUACUGCGUGUGGGCCAUCGGGGCACCCCCGGGGCAGAAGCUGCACCUGCACUUCGAGAAGCUCCUGCUGACCGAGAAGGACAGGAUGGUGGUGUACAGCGGGGACACCAACCAGUCUGCUGUGCUCUACGACUCCCUGCGUGCGGACAGCGUGCCCUUCGAGGGGGUGAUCAGCGAGGGCUCCUCCAUCAGGAUCGAAUUCCUCGCAGAGGAGCCUGUGGCCGCCACGGCUUUCAACAUCCGCUUUGAAGCCUUUGAGCGGGGUCACUGCUACGAGCCCUACAUCCAGAACGGGAACUUCACCACCUCCGACCCCACCUACAACCUGGGCACCACUGUGGAGUUCACCUGUGAUCCCGGGCACUCCCUGGAGCAGGGCCCUGCCGUCAUUGAGUGCGUCAACAUGCGGGACCCGUACUGGAAUGACACGGAGCCGCUGUGCCGAGCCACUUGUGGAGGGGAACUGACUGCUGUGGCUGGGGUGAUCCUGUCCCCCAACUGGCCGGAGCCCUAUGCAGAAGGGGAGGACUGCAUCUGGAGGAUCCACGUGGGUGAGGAGAAGCGACUCUUCCUGGACAUCCAGCUCCUGAACAUCACCAACAGCGACAUCCUCACCAUCUAUGACGGGGACGAGCUCACUGCCCGCAUCCUGGGGCAGUACGUUGGCAGCAGUGGCCCCCAGAAGCUCUACUCCUCCAGCCCUGACCUCACCAUCCAGUUCCACUCGGACCCUGCCGGGCUCAUCUUCGGGAAGGGGCAGGGAUUCAUCAUGAACUACGUAGAGGUGUCUCGCAACGACUCCUGCUCUGACCUGCCCGAGAUCCAGAACGGCUGGAAGACCACGUCGCACACGGAGCUGGUGAGAGGAGCCAAGAUCACCUACCAGUGUGACCCGGGCUACGACAUCGUGGGGAGCGACACCCUCACCUGCCAGUGGGACCUCAGCUGGAGCAGCGACCCCCCCUUCUGUGAAAAGAUUAUGUACUGCACGGACCCAGGGGAGGUGGAGCACUCGACCCGCCUCAUCUCCGACCCUGUGCUGCUGGUGGGCACCACCAUCCAGUACACCUGUAACCCCGGCUUCGUGCUGGAGGGCAGCUCUCUGCUCACCUGCUACAGCCGCGAGACUGGGACGCCCAUCUGGACCUCACGGCUCCCGCACUGUGUCUCUGAGGAGUCACUGGCCUGUGAUAAUCCAGGACUGCCAGAAAAUGGGUACCAGAUUCUUUAUAAGCGCCUCUACCUGCCAGGAGAGUCCCUGACCUUCAUGUGCUAUGAGGGCUUUGAACUCAUGGGGGAGGUAACCAUCAAAUGCAUCCUGGGCCAGCCGUCCCACUGGAGCGGACCCCUACCCAUCUGCAAAGUGAACCAAGACAGCUUUGAACAUGCUCUGGAAGUAGCAGAAGCUGCUGCAGAGACAUCGCUUGAGGGUGGAAAUAUGGCCUUGGCCAUAUUCAUCCCUGUGCUGAUCAUCUCCCUGCUGCUGGGAGGAGCGUACAUCUAUCUCACAAGGUGUCGGUACUAUUCCAGCCUCCGCCUGCCCCUCAUGUACUCCCACCCCUACAGCCAGAUCACGGUAGAAACAGAGUUCGACAACCCGAUUUAUGAGACAGGGGAAACACGAGAAUACGAGGUUUCAAUAUAAGGACAGUGGUAAGAGAGUCUCCGGCUGCGAACUUAAUGUGCUCUCAUAGAACUUCCUCAGUAACUAAUCCAGAGACCACGUGGAGUUUGGUUGGACCCCCGGACCUGCUGUUGUCUUUCCUUUUGCCUCUUUAUUGAAGAUUUUACUGUUUUCUUCACUGUAUUUAUUCUAUUUAAACUGCGAUAGGUGUGCUGCCAAGCCCUGGGCACAGGCAGCAGCGGGAGCCGGGGCAGAGCUGGGUCCUGGUGAGGCCAGGGGGGCACGGGGGCACCUGCUGUGUCCCCCUUCAUGGCGGAGUGUCCCCUGGCACUGCCCACACACGCAGGGGGAUUUUUGCAGUUCUGGUGUUGUUAAAAAUUAAAGAUGUCUCCAUUGCAAGAGCCUGCGGUUGAUUGCUGGGAGCUGAGGUAGUGCAGGGUCCCCUGCAGGGUCCCAUCCUGCAGCUCCCAGCUCCCCAAGUAGGACCCUCACCCAGGGGCUCGGGUGGCACCGGUGCAGGGAUCAUCCUUGCUGCAGGGCUCAGGAAAGCUGUCGUCCAGGGAGCCGGGACAGCCUGGCACUCGUGAGGCACAUGCUGCGUUCUUGUCCCACUUUGCGUUGGAUGUGGAGAGGCAGCGAGCCAGGACUCACGGAGCGAUGCUCUGCAGAGAAGCACCAAGCAGUGACCCCAGGUUGCCAGUCCAACAGGGUGGGCAGCCCUGGAAGCCACCCUGCAGCGAGCAGAGCUCUGCAGCCAGUGCCUCUCUGCUCACACCAGUUGUUCCUCUCCAGCAGCACCUCCAGUCACCCUGCCAGGAACACCCCGACCCGGUAAUGGCCUGAGGCCACCCCUUGCCCCCCCAGCAGCAUCUCAGGGUAAGCAGGAUGGGCUGGGCUCCCUGUCACCGCUCCUUCCACUGCAGGAGGGUCCACAGCUGACCCUGGCGUCCAGAGCUGGAGAAGCACAUCCCACCCAGAUCAGCACCUGGCUGGGUCUCACAGCUGGGCAGGAGAUGGAGAGGGGCAGGGGAUGAAGAUGGAGGUAUAUUGGGGAUGGAAGGCAGAUGGGAUGCAUGGGGGCUCUGACACAGUAGACCAGCUCGUGGGGAGGAGAACCGCCCCUCAGAGCUGAUCCUGAACCCCAGUUCCACCCUUGGCAUGCCCUGUGCUCCUCCAUCACCCAGCCAGGGCCACCCUGUCUGCAGGGACACAGACCCCAAAAGGACAGCCUGUCCCCAUGCCCCCCAAUGCCACAGCCCCCAGCCAGCCCCUGGGGAGGGCAGCAAGGCCACCACCACAUCCUCAGCUGCCAGUGUCCUUCUUUUGUCCUUGUAGAAUAAUCACAACCACGGGAGGCUGGGUUAGCUUGGGGUGGUAGUGCAGCUCUGCAGUGUACAGCUGGGAUUUGGGGUUUUUCCUUUAAAUACAACGAAUGUGUGUUUGUAAUUUGUAAAGGUUAAAAAAAAAAAAAAAAAGAGGAAAAAAAAAAGAAAAAAAAUGUGCCAAAAAUGUACGAAGCAUUUCAUUUCCCUUCAUACAUGUCUGUUUUUAUAAGAACAAUGUGAAAAUUGCUGGGAUUAAAUAUUUUUGAACAUGAUAAAGUA